AUGGAAACACCUGUAUCCGCGUUUUACAAGAUUGGAGCGAGUGAUUACUCAUUUCUGUUGGAGAGUGUCGAGGGCGGUGAACACGUCGCUCGGUAUUCGUUUCUCGGCAGUGACCCAUCAAUCCUACUUAGGAGCAGAGGUAACUUGGUCCGGAUUGAUGACCUCCGCACCGGGGAAACGGUUGAACUGGAAACCGAAGACCCGUUGGAGGUCCUUGAAGAGUUGAUGACUCGCUACCAACCCGUUGAGGUCGAGGGAUUGCCGCGGUUUCACGGUGGAGCGGUCGGCUACCUGAACUACGACAUGGUGCGCUUCGUCGAGGAUCUCCCCGAUACCACCGAAGAUGAUCGAGAACUACCCGAUUGCUUUUUCAUGGUUACCGAUACGCUUCUUGUGUUUGACCAUGUGAACCAUCAGAUCAAGGUGGUCGCCAAUGCCCAUAUCAACGGUGACGUCGACCAAGCCUACGAACAUGCCCUUGAUCAGAUCGACGAACUCAUCGCUAAACUCAAACAGCCGUUGUUGACGAAUUAUACCAAUAAGCCAACUUCAAGUCCAAGCAGUGUGCCUGUCACCUCAAACUUUACGAAGGAAGAUUACCAUCAGGUUGUUCUUCGGGCAAAGGAAUAUAUCGCCGCGGGAGACAUCAUUCAGGUUGUGCCGUCGCAACGCUUUAGCGUCCCGAUAUCGGUCGAUACAUUCGAUGCGUAUCGCGCUUUGCGCACCGUGAACCCCUCGCCCUAUAUGUAUUACCUCAAGUUCGAUGAGCUCCAGAUUGCUGGUGCCUCACCUGAGAUGAUGGUGCGUGUUGAGGACGGUAGUUGCGGAGAUGCGCCCAAUCGCAGGCACCCGCCCGCGUGGAGCGACCCCGGCCGAAGAUGA